GAUCCACCAGUGGACCGUUUCAAGUUCCCCCCGGCUGAAACCCUGCCUGAUUUGUGGGCAAUGUUGGGGAUGUAGAAAAAAAAGAAACCGGAGCAAAGGGAGAGAAAGAGAGAGAGCAAGCGAGCGAGAGGGGGAGAGAGAGAGAGAGAGCGAGAGACAACACUAACUGGGUAGCUAUGGAGAUAGUAGGUUUUUGUGGUCGCUUUCUUUGACAGGUGUCGAGUGGGAUAAUAUAAAGUAUCAGAACAGACUCCAACAUGUACGCCAAGGGGAAAGGAGCUGUGGUUCCCUCCGACAGCCAAGCGAGAGAGAAGUUAGCGUUGUACGUCUACGAGUACCUGCUCCACGUGGGAGCCCAGAAGUCCGCACAGACCUUCCUGUCAGAGAUUCGAUGGGAGAAAAACAUCACAUUAGGGGAGCCCCCAGGAUUCCUCCAUUCAUGGUGGUGUGUGUUCUGGGACCUGUACUGCGCCGCACCGGACCGAAGGGAGACGUGUGAACACUCCAGUGAGGCCAAAGCCUUCCAUGAUUACAGUGCAGCGGCGGCGCCAAGCCCGGUGAUGGGAAACAUGCCCCCCAACGACGGCAUGCCAGGGGGUCCCAUGCCACCAGGCUUCUUUCAGGGACCUCCAGGCUCACAGCAGUCCCCCCAUGCACAGCCCCCUCCCCACAACCCCAGCAACCCCAUGAUGGGACCCCAUGGCCAGCCCUUCAUGUCUCCUCGGUACCCCGGCGGCCCGAGACCGGCGCUCCGAAUGCCAAACCAGCCUCCCGGGGGGAUCCCUGGUUCCCAGCCCCUCCUGCCAAACAGUCUGGACCCCACAAGACCACAAGGACAUCCUAAUAUGGGCGGGCCAAUGAGAAUGAAUCCCCCAAGAGGAAUGGCCAUGGGACCACAGAACUACGGGGGCAUGCGGCCUCCUCCUAACUCCAUGGGCGGUCCCAUGCCAGGAAUGAACAUGGGCCCUGGAGGAAGAGGGCCGUGGCCGGGGCCUAACGCUAACUCUAUAGCCUAUUCUUCCUCAUCUCCCGGAAACUAUGUGGGGCCGCCAGGUGGGGGAGGGCCCCCAGGAACUCCCAUCAUGCCCAGCCCAGGUGACUCGACCAACUCCAGCGAAAAUAUCUACACUAUGAUGAACCCCAUCGGACCGGGAGGCAACAGACCCAACUUCCCCAUGGGGCCGGGGCCUGACGGGCCCAUGGGGGCCAUGGGCGCCAUGGAGCCGCACCACAUGAACGGAUCUCUAGGUUCUGGGGACAUGGACGGGCUGCCAAAGAACUCUCCUAACAACAUGGGCGGCAUGAACAACCCGCCGGGAACGCCGCGGGACGACGGCGAGAUGGGGGGGAACUUCUUGAACCCGUUCCAGAGUGAAAGUUAUUCACCCAACAUGACGAUGAGUGUGUGAUUUUUAUUCUCCUUCAUUUCUUUUCUUUGUGAUCCACGCCCGUUUAUUUUUUGUACCCCCCCCCCCCCCCCCCAACACACACACCUGAUUUUAACAUAUUUUCCCGCUUUGGAUGGACGCCGUACCGCCCCCCCCCCCCACACAUACACACAUACAAACACACCUUUACAACCCCCCCUGCCCCCCCCCACAACACUACGAUGGACCCCUUCCCUGGCCGAACUCUGCUGCCCGCACAGCCUUCUGGGAAAGCCCCAGUGCAUGCUGGGACUCUGAUGAAGACGCGGCCCCCCGCGGCGUGCAAGAUGUCCGCCGGCGGGAACAGGAAGUCCUCUCAGCUCCACAGGAAGAACCUGCUCUCUGACUCCUCCCCCCGCCUCCCUGACUUCCUGUCGGGGUCUGGACAAUGAGCGGGGGAAGGGCGAUCGAUGCAGAGAGAGAGAGAGAGAGAGAGAGAGAGAGAGAGAGAGGGAGGGAGAGAGAGUGGGGGGGGGAGGGAGGAGACUGAACCCUAAAGACCCCCAAAACAGAGGGGGGGAGGUGGGGGUGGGGGGGCUCUCAGCUAUGAUGUGACCCCAAGACUUUUAAAACCCUUUUUUUGCUGUCGCCCCUACGGAUUGAAUCGUGGGACAUCUGCGUAUGAGGUGCUCCACCGCCACCGCCUCCACCUUCUCCACCGCCUCCUCCUUCUCCACCACCUCCUCCUCCCUUGUCCCCACAUGGUUCUGUGUGUGUGUGUGUGUGUGUGUGUGUGUGUGUGUGUGUGUGUGUGUGUAUGUGUGUAAAUGUUUUUUAAACGUACGUUGUUGUGAUCAACAAACUUUCUUUUAUAUAUAAUUUCUUUUUCCUCACUGUAUGUAUUGUAUCAUUGCAAUUUUUGUUAUUGCAUUACUAUAAUUAUUAUUAAUUAUUAUAUUAUUAUUAAUAUUAUUGAUAUUGGUAUGAUCAUAAUCAUUUUAAGGCUAAGUUGCAGGUUUAGCUGUUUUCCGUUGGUUAGGGCACAUUAUCGUAAUGAAGACAGGGUACACGCACGCACGAAUGCACAUACAGGAAUAAUUUGUGUGGGUUUAGUUUAAAAUUACUUCAGAUAAUAACCUGUGGUCACAUCGUCUACAACAGUCGAGGUUCCUGCUCUGGAGCGAUGCUGCCCCCUUGUGGGGCCGGCCUGACAAAGCAAGUUGAACCUAUUACGGUACCGUCACUAAACCUUUCUUUCACCAUAGAUGGCUGUUUCACGGUCAACAUGGAGUUGCGUUUCUCGUUUUUAACUGCCUCUACUCUCAUUUGAGGUGGGAGAGGAAGCCUCUCCAUUUUCAUUUAUUUUAACCGUAUCCGCGUUUAGUUAAAACCCAGAGCUCUAUUUAUUUAUAUACCCUAAACUGUCAUGGGUCCGUGACACUCAUCUUCUCCGUUUCUAACCUCUCCAGAAACCUGUAGCAAACGUUGUAAAUAUGUCGGGACGUCUUUCUCGCCACCUCCUCUUCAGUGCAUCAUUUCUUUACGGAACUCUCUGUCCUGUCCUUCCGAAGCCCCGCCCCUUUUCCCCCGCUCUGACCACACCCACACCACUGCCAUCGCUGAUGCUGCCCGCACACUCAGGUUCACGUCCACACAUACACACUUCUGGUAUUUGCAAUGUUAUUUUAUUUUUUUAGUCUCAACACUGAGCUCUCGUGUGCGUCUGUGGGCUGUUACUCAUCGCGUCCUCACUGUGAUCCUCUCCCCGUGUUCAAGUGGGGUUUAAUUCACGCUCCCAACCAUACAAGUCUGUUUCUUUUCCUUUUUUCCCCCUUCUCGUGUCUUCAUUUGUUUUUCUGUGAGCCCUACCCAAGGAUUCAACGGUUCCCUUGUAUCGUAGCAAAUUGAAGCCGUCACGAUCCGUUGCCGUGGUGACUGUCGUGAGUGGCCCUCCCUCCCCCGCCUCCUUCUCUUUGGGUACCAUGUUAGCACACACACACACACACACACACACACACACACACACACACACACACACACACACACACAGUCGCAUGCCACCCACUCUUUCUUCUUUUUUAUACAACCUCUCCAUGAGUUAAUGAGUUUAUUUUGUUGUAAAUAGUGUAAAAUGCAUUUUGAUAUCAUUGACAUGUUUUGAUAUUUCCAAAAAGAAAAAAAACACGACUAAUAACAAUUGAUGGGCGAGUAAGGGGGGGGGGGGGGGGGGAAGCAAACUAAUAUCCUCGCAACAGUUGUGUUGGUUUGAAAGAGAGUAGCUUGUCUCCGCUCAGCUACACGGAGAUCGAUCACAGCUGCGGCUGCGGCCCUCCUCUGUCUCACCUCCACGUCCACACCGGGAUCACCCUCCUGGUCGACACGUUGUUCAGUCACAGGCCUCUGCUGUCACACAUGCUUUUGGGUUUGGGGGGGGGGGGGGGGGGGACCCUCUGUUUGGUGGUUGUUGUUGUUUUUCAGUUUUUUGAUAGAGCGCAAAAAACGGCCAAACUCGUGUUGACAAAGACUGUGGAGAGCAGAUGGCCUUCAUGUGCAGAACGAGAUGGUCUCCUCCUCCUCCUCCUUCUCUGUAGCUGGGACCCCUCUCUAACCCCCCCCCCCUGUCUAACAGCUGGGACCCCUCUAACCCCCCUGGGUAGGGCUCGGCUGAACCAUCACUAAAGAUACCAACGCUGUGGGCGGCGAGACUCAUUUGUACGACAUACAGUCAAAGGUAACAGCGAGGGGGCAGAUUUUACUAUGAAGGAUUGUUUUUAAAUCUAUUUAAACAAGCGUUUGUGUGUGUGGGGGGGGGGGGGGAGGAGGAGGAGGAGGGGCUGGGGACGAGAUGUGUUCAGAAAGACGAUGAUACAGGAGUUUCCUCACUACCUGUACUUUAAAAGCUGUUGUAUAAAGUACUCCUCUCCGUCUCUCUCUCUCUCUCGCUCGCUCCCUCAUCUUUCUGUCCUGUAAGUAACUCUUGUCACAUUGUUGAUCAUUUCUGUAUUUCUAUUGUGCUGAUGUAUAAAACUGUAAAACAUUCAGGGUGUGGGAGGGCUGGGGGCGGGGCUUCAGGAGGAAGUGGAGAGGUACGAGGUUCAAUAGGGAAAAGGAAAAAAAAAAAGUUUGUUUUGGAUUCUUGUUUCUUUGGGUUUGUCCCCCUCUACAAAGCAGUAUUGAUUGGGCGUUGGGUCCUGGUUAGGAGGGUGUUGGGCUUUGUAUCAUGUUAGGCUAGUUUCCCAUCAUAAAUGUCUUGUGUAGUAAAAACAGGUUGCUUCUUCGUACGUUUCUUUCUAUUGUAAAGUUUCUUUAGACGAAAAAAGUUCCUUAUUGAAAAAAAAAAACACGGUGGGAAAAAUUGCAUCAUAAAUGUAUUUUAUUUUUUAUUUUUCAUCAAUUUGUCAGUUGUUUUUGCCUGUGCCCCCCUUGUUGUAGAUACAUAUUAAAAACAAAUAAAAAUGACUUCACUCCUUUUUC